GUGACGCACGCGUUGUGUACGUGUGCACACACUGAUCUGGACUGCGGCCUGUGCGUGCGGCGCGUCUCUCCGUGUGCGUCUGAGGAGCUGAAGGCUGCAGUCUUGCUUUUAUUUUGAUCAUGGCGAGAUACAUGCGACCUCCAAACACGUCUCUGUUCAUCAGAAACAUCUCCGAUGACAGCAGAAAAUGUAAAGACAUACAGUUCUGGAGACCUUCCCUACAAAGAGUAUUUAGAAGGGCCGAUGUAGAGUAGAUUCAAGACAAAGACAAUAAAGAGAGAGUUAAAGCUUGAAGAUUCAAAGGGGACCAAAAUUGGAGUCAAGGCCUCGUUCUGACCAAAGAAAGAGGAAAAGACUAAAGGUUAUUGGGCACAGACAUCCCCAAGUCCUUCUCGGAGGCGGUUAAAGACAAUAAAGGUCAAGCUGAAGGUCAAAGGUCAAGCAUGUUAAAGGUAACCCGUUUUAAUGCUCAUGUUCGAGGACGUUCGUGACGCGGAGGACGCGCUGCAUAACCUGGACAGGAAGUGGAUCUGUGGACGGCAGAUCGAGAUCCAGUUCGCUCAAGGAGACCGGAAGACUCCCGGUCAGAUGAAAUCCAAAGAGAAGCGCUCUCCUCGCAGCGACUCGCGGUACGAUGACUCUGAGCGCGACGGCCGGCGCAGACGCUCACGCAGCCGCAGUUACAGCAGAAGCAGAUCUCGCAGUCCUUCAUACGAACGCCGCACGCGCAGAUCAGCAAGCCCUAGAGACUCUCGGUCGCGCGGCAGACACCGGAGGAGCAGAAGUCGAGAGAACCACAGACACAGGUCACGUGAUCACGGCCGCAGACGCCACCGAUCAGCCUCGCACUCUCCGUCCCCUGACUCCAAAUACAAGGCCAAGAGCCGGCGGUCUCGCUCCCGGUCCAGAUCGGCCAGUCCGCCCGCAGAAGAGCUGCAUGCGUCGGCCGACUCGCGUCAGGACGAACCCCGCUCGCGCUCCAGAUCCUGGGCCGGACUCAAGUCUGGAGGCCACUAGCGAGCGCUCUGCUCUUAAAUCCUGUGCAGCUUUUCAUCGAAUCUUUGUGUUUAAUCAUGACUGCGCAGCAGCUUCUGCUUGCUCUCGUUCUUACUGAAAUUAUGCUUGAAGUUGUCCGAGGCAGUUCAUUCUUUUGUAAGAAACGUGCUUUGACGCCAGUAUAAAGAUGGCUUUAUUUUUAUAGUCAAAGACAAGCAGAAACCCAGCUGUUUGAUUGUAGAAAGAUGCAUGCAGAAACAGUGAAUAAUGGGAGAAAACUGGGGAAGACCGUUGAUUUAAAGAUUUUUUGCUCGGAAAAGUCGCAGUGUUAAGUUUUUCUUCAAAAGUUAUAAUGUAUUAAAAGCUCAAUUUGUAUUGUCUUGCAUCUGUUUAUAUUAAAGACGUAGUAUUUUUGUCAUUGCAAAAUAAACAUGAUUUAAACGU